AUGAGCUGUUUUCUUUUUUCAGAUCCUGAGAGUCAGACCUUGAAAGAACAUUUAAUUGAUGAAUUGGACUAUGUAUUGGUCCCAACAGAGGCCUGGAAUAAAUUACUAAACUGGUAUGGCUGUGUAGAAGGCCAGCAGCCCAUUGUCAGAAAAGUGGUCGAGCAUGGCCUGUUUGUCAAGCACUGCAAGGUGGAGGUGUAUUUGCUGGAACUGAAGCUCUGUGAGAACAGUGACCCCACCAACGUGCUGAGUUGCCAUUUCAGCAAGGCAGACACCAUCGCAACCAUUGAGAAGGAGAUGCGGAAGCUGUUCAAUAUCCCUGCUGAGCGUGAAACACGACUAUGGAACAAAUACAUGAGCAACACCUAUGAGCAGCUGAGCAAGCUAGACAACACUGUCCAGGAUGCUGGGCUCUACCAGGGUCAGGUGCUAGUAAUUGAGCCCCAAAAUGAAGAUGGCACAUGGCCGAGGCAGACCUUACAGUCAAAAAUAACAAGACGGAAAAACUCACCUCAAAAAAGAGAACAAGAGGCGACAAAAGCAGCUUACGUGCUCUUUUACCAACGUCGAGAUGAUGAAUUUUAUAAGACGCCUUCACUCGUCUGUUUUCCUGGAUCCUCUGAGGGAGGGACGAGCCCAGGCAGCUCGCAGCAAGGCACAGGGGACGAUGAGGCUUGCAGCAUGGACACCAACUGA